CACAAAUGAAUUGCUACUAAAUAAAGUAUCAUCACUCUCACUCUCUCUCUCUCUCUCUCUCCCCAUCUCCCCCUGUCUCUCCUCCCGUCUGUUUCCCGUGGGAGCUUUCUCCCCUGUGCAUCUCUAGCACUUCUUCAAUGGACACUCUUCGAAUAUUAUCGCCUUCUACAACCACUAGCAGUAAAGCAUCCGCGCAAACCCGUCUCAGAAGGCAUUCCGAACCUCAGUACACUUCUCUCUUGAAGCCCACUACACUUGUUUUAACUCAUCGAAGUCCGGGGUUUGUGGGUCGAUCCACUGGCGUUCGAAUUCGUCCCUCUCGAAUCAUUUGUUCUGUUUCCUCCGUUGAAUCGAGAGCGGAAGAGAAGAUGGGGAAGAAGAAUAUGCAGGGCCAGGGCAAAGUUGGGUUAAGUGUGUGUUUGAAUCACCAAGUCCAAUUUGGCGAGCAUGUUGCAGUUUUGGGGUCAGCAAAGGAAUUGGGGUCGUGGAAAAAGAAAGUUCCAAUGAAAUGGACGGCAGAUGGGUGGGUUUGUAAUUUGGAACUAAAAGGCGAUGACUUUGUUGAGUACAAAUUUGUGAUUGUGGGUAAGGACAAGAGUAUGGUUUGGGAAAGCAGUGAUAACCGGGUCUUGAAGUUGCCAAACGGAGGGAGUUUUAGGAUUAUUUGUCAUUGGAACAUGACUGGUGAGGCUAUGGCUUUACUGCCUUUGGAUUCGGAACAGCAUGGGGUAGUGGAGGUGGUAGGUGGUAAUGGGUCGGCAACUACUGAUGGUGAUGCUGAUGUGGGAGUGGGGACAAGUCCUUUUGUGGAGCAAUGGCAAGGUAAAGCCGUGUCUUUCAUGCGAUCUAAUGAGCACGGCAACAGAGAAAGACAGACCAAUUGGAAUACAUCAGGUCUUCAAGGACCGGCUCUAAAGUUAGUGGAAGGUGAUCGCAAUGCUAGGAAUUGGUGGCAAAAGCUUGAAGUUGUUCGGGAUCUAGUAGUUGGAAGUUUGGAGAGUCAGGAGCGUUUGGAUGCUCUUAUAUGUUCUGCUAUCUACCUGAAGUGGAUAAAUACAGGGCAAAUUCCAUGCUUCGAAGGUGGAGGUCAUCACAGGCCAAACAGGCAUGCUGAGAUUUCAAGGCUCAUUUUCCGUGAAUUAGAAAGAAUUUCUUGUCGGAAAGACACUUCACCUGAGGAAAUAGUUGUCAUCCGCAAGAUUCAUCCAUGUUUGCCAUCCUUCAAGGCAGAAUUUACUGCAUCUGUUCCUCUGACAAGAAUUAGGGAUAUUGCGCACAGGGGAGACAUCCCUCAUGAUCUUAAGCAAGAAAUCAAGCAUACUAUACAGAACAAGCUUCACAGGAAUGCUGGCCCUGAAGAUUUGGUUGCUACAGAACUCAUGCUUGCAAGAAUAACCAAGAACCCUGGAGAAUAUAGCGAAGCAUUUGUUGAGCAAUUUAAAAUAUUCCAUCAUGAGCUCAAAGAUUUCUUCAAUGCAGCAAGCCUUGCAGAACAACUCGAGUCAAUAAAAGGAUCUUUGGACGAACAGAGUUUAUCAGCCCUUUCAUUGUUUUUCAAGUGCAAGAAGAAUUUGGAUAGUUUAGAGAGAACAACAAAUGCUUCGGAAGCCAAUAACAUGGAUCUCUUGGUCAAAACCAUACAAUCUGUUAAUGCUCUGCGAGAAGCAAUUGUGAAGGGUCUUGAAAGUGGUCUUCGAAAUGAUGCUCCUGAUGCUGCGAUAGCAAUGCGUCAAAAGUGGCGUCUUUCUGAGAUUGGACUCGAGGACUAUGGUUUCGUUCUAUUCAGCAGGUUUCUGAAUGCAAUUGAAGCUAUGGGAGGGACUCGUUGGCUUGUGGAGAAUGCAGAAUCUAAAAAUGCAAGCUCUUGGAAUUAUCCACUCGGUGUUCUCAUUGCCGGCAUUCAUCAGGUUGGAUUAUCAGGUUGGAAACCAGGAGAGUGUAUUGCUAUUGGAAACGAACUUCUAGCAUGGCAAGAGAAAGGUCUCUUGGGAAAGGAAGGCAAUGAAGAUGGGAAGACUAUUUGGGCAUUAAGGCUCAAAGCUACUCUUGAUAGAUCUAGGAGGCUAACUGAAGAGUACUCUGAAGCACUUCUGCAGAUAUACCCUCCUAAAGUUGAGAUGUUAGGAAAAGCUUUUGGAGUUCCUGAAAACAGUGUGAGGACAUAUACUGAAGCUGAGAUUCGCGCCGGUGUCAUUUUUCAGGUCUCUAAACUUUGUACUCUUCUUUUAAAAGCUGUCAGAACAUCAAUUGGUUCUGAAGGCUGGGAUAUUCUUGUUCCCGGAGUUGCUUCUGGAACCCUAGUACAGGUGGAGAGCAUUGUCCCUGGGUCAUUGCCUUCUUCUGUAACAGGACCCAUUAUUCUUGUGGUCAGAAAAGCUAAUGGAGAUGAGGAGGUAACAGCUGCUGGUUGUAAUAUAGCUGGAGUUAUACUUCUGCAGGAGCUGCCCCACUUAUCUCAUCUUGGUGUCAGAGCUCGACAAGAGAAGGUUGUAUUUGUGACAUGUGAAGAUGAUGAUAAGAUUGUCGAUGUAGAGAAACUCAAUGGGAAAUAUGGGAGAUUAGAAGCUUCCUCAACUGGAGUUAAUAUAAUCCCAUCAUUUUCGGAUAAUGGCAAUAUGGAUUCUCCUGUGAAGAACCUUUCAAGUAAUGGUUCGACCAAGACCACAACUUCAGCAGAAGAUAAUUCAACUUUGUCUUCUGUCAAAGCCAAUUACUCAAGUCAGGGACCACCUGCUGGAGGGAUUAUACUGCUUACUGAUGCAGAUGUGCAAAAUUCUGGUUCAAAAGCUGCUGCUUGUGGUCAAUUAGCAUCUUUGGCUGCGGAUUCUGAUAAAGUUUGCAGUGACCAAGGAGUACCAGCAUCAUUCAAAGUCCCUGUAGGAUCAGUUAUACCCUUUGGCUCCAUGGAAUUGGCAUUAGAACGAAGCAAGUCCAUGGAAUCCUUUACGUCUCUAGUGCAAAAGAUGGAAACAGCCCAAAUGGAAGGUGGAGAACUUGACAAUGUCUGUGUUCAACUCCAGGAACUGAUCUCUUCCCUACAGCUUCCGGAGGAGCUCAUCGAAAGCCUUGGGAAAAUAUUUCCAGGCAAUCCACGUUUAAUUGUUCGUUCAAGUGCAAACGUUGAGGAUUUGGCUGGUAUGUCUGCUGCCGGUCUAUAUGAGUCGAUUCCUAAUGUCAGCCUUUCAAAUUCAAUCGUUUUCAGAAACGCUGUUUGCCGAGUGUGGGCUUCACUUUACACUCGCAGAGCAGUUUUGAGCCGUAGAGCUGCUGGUGUACCUCAGAAGGUGGCUACGAUGGCUGUGUUGGUGCAAGAAAUGCUUUCGCCUGAGCUAUCUUUUGUGCUUCACACACUUAGUCCAACAGACAGCGAUCAUAAUUAUGUGGAAUCGGAGAUUGCUUCUGGACUGGGAGAAACCCUAGCUUCAGGAACCAGGGGCACUCCCUGGCGCCUAUCUUCUGGGAAGUUUGAUGGGACGGUGCGCACCUUGGCAUUUGCAAAUUUCAGUGAGGAGUUAGUGGUACAUGGUGGGGGUCCUGCUGACGGGGAAGUUAUGCAUUUGACCGUCGACUAUAGCAAGAAACCCUUAACAGUUGACCCAACAUUCCGGCGGCAGCUUGGUCAGCGUCUUUGUGCUGUUGGUUUCUUUCUUGAGCGCAAGUUUGGGUGCCCUCAAGAUGUUGAGGGAUGUGUGGUUGGCAAAGACAUCUAUAUUGUCCAGACGCGCCCACAACCCUAAUAGAAACUGCCCUCUUCCAUUUUGAGUUGUGCAUCCCUCUCCCGCAACAGAUAGAAACGUUAUGUACAUGGGAGUUUAAUUUUCAUGAAGCGUCUCUCCUGUCAACAGAUGUUGUAGAAAAUGAUGGAAGAAAACAUGAAAUAAUGGAACAUGAUACGGAUACAGAUAUCUGAAGCUGUCAUGUUGUAUAUUGUGUCACAUUUGACUAUCAUCGGAUAUAUUACCUAAUAAUAAUUUGUGCUGUGAUUGUCUGAAAAA